CAAAAUUUAAGUAAGAACAUAAAUAAGAAAUAUCUAGGGUAUCACCAAUAAACGAAAAGAAAAAAUUAAAAGAAUAAUACGUGUGCAAAAUGAAAAAAUAAAAAAAUAAAUACAAAUACUUUUCAUCAGAUGAUAUAGAAACAAAAAUUAUAGAAAUGCUCAAAUAAAGUGGAAUAAAUUAAAAUUUCGUAAUAAAUUUUUAAGAAUUAGAAUUCGGGCACAAAAUAGGAGAAGGAAGUUAUGGUUAAGUAUUCAGAGGAAAUUGGUUAGGAUAAGAUGUGGCUAUUAAAAAUUCAUAUUAGACGAGUUUAAGAUUUUAUAUGUGAAGUUAGAGUUAUUAAUAAUUUAAGACAUCCUAAUAUAGUUUUAUAUAUGGGUAUAUGCUUACACUAAUCUUAAUACUUUAUGAUCACUGAAUAUUUAAACUAAGGUUCAUUGUUUGAUUAUUUACAUAAAAAAUAAAUUAAUUUAACAUAAAAACAAAUUUUUAAUAUAGUAGAAGAUAUAGCUUUAGGAAUGACAUAUUUACAUGGUAGAAAAGUACUUCAUUGUGAUUUAAAAAGUUCUAAUGUACUUAUAGACGAAAAUUGGAAUAUAAAACUAUGCGAUUUUGGUUUAUCAAGAAUAAAGUCAAAACUAAAUAAAAAAAAAAAUGAAAAAAAAGAAGAAGGGCUAAUUGGAACUCCUUAAUGGAUGGCCCCUGAAGUAAUGAGAAGGGAAUAAUAUUAGGAACAUUCAGACAUAUAUUCGUUUGGAAUGAUAUUAUGGGAAAUAGCUACAAAAUAAAUUCCACAUAAAGGACUUUCUCAUUAAUAAAUUUACGGGACAGUAGGGUAUGAUGAAAAUUAUGAAGUAGAAAUUCCAAAAAGAGGAAAUCCUAGAUAUUUAAAAUUAAUGAAAAAAUGUUUAAAUAGAAAACCUUAAGAUAGACCUCCUUUUAUUGAAAUAGUUAAAGAAAUUUAAGAAAUGAAAUAAGAAUUAAAAUAUAUAGAAAAAAAAUAAGUAGUGAAAGAAAUUAUAAGAUUUUUUAGUUGA